CAACAACAAAACCGGCAAAAUGGGUGGUGAUCUGAACUUGAAGAAAUCAUGGCACCCCUCUCUUCUCCGGAACCAAGAGCGCGUCUGGGCCGAAGAAAAGCGCGCCCUAGAGGAACGUAAACGCAUCGACCAACUUAAGCGCGAACGGGAUGAAGAACGACAGAUCCAAGAACUGCAACGACUACAAGAGAGCGCGGGCGGUACUCGACAGCUCCAGCGCGUCGACUGGAUGUACCAGGAGCCCUCGAGCGCGUCGGGACACUACGCCGAGGAAAUGGAAGGGUAUUUGCUGGGGAAACGACGUAUUGAUGGGAUAUUGCUAAAGAAUGAUGAGAGUAAGAAGUUGGAGAAGGGGGCGGCGACUGGCCCAGGCGCAGCCGCUGGGCUUCCGCCCGUCGUGCACAAUACGCGCGAUACGAUGGCCAAGGUCAUGGCGGAUCCAUUGCUUGAGAUCAGGAAGCGAGAGCAAGCGGCGUAUGAGGCUAUGGUUAAGGAAUCGGUCAGACGGCGCGAACGGGAACAAGGGAGGGAGAGACAUCAAGAGAGGGAAAGAGAAAGAGGUCACAGGCACAGACGGGAUAGUGGGAAUGAUUCACAUCGGAGUCAUCGGCAUCGGCGCCGCUCCAGGUCGAGGUCAAGAUCUCCGCGGGUGGAAAAGGACGAUCGCCGGCAUAGGGAUCGAGAACACGAUCGCAGAAGUCAUCGGGACCGCGAUGGGGAGCGAGAGAAUAGGGUGGAGAGAGUUUAUCAUUCGAGCCGCCGGGACCAUGAUCGCGACGAGCGGUACGAUCGAGCAGCGCGCAGAUCCGCCUCCCCUCGACCGGACCGUCGCCGAGACGAUAGACGAGAUCGAGACCAAGACCAGGACUACCGGAGAGACAGAAACAGCCGCAGCAGUCGGCGAGAUGCCCGUUCGUCAAGAGACAGGGACACCGAUGCCUUCGGGCGAGAUCGAAAUCGAGACCGAGGGUCACAUAGCAGAAACGGGAACGCAGACGCAAACGCGGACCAGCACGCUCAAGAGCUGGAAGAACAGCGCAAGCGCCGACUCGCCGAGAUGCAGGCGAACGCUCAGGACAUGGAAGCUACGCGACGGCAACGCGUUGCCGAAGUCACGGCCCUUGAAGAGAAGCAGCGUGAGGAAGAUGACAAGCGGCGGUCAGACCGGGGUCAGUUCAUGUCGGGUCUGCAUCGGCAGCUGCAGGAGGACAGUCUGGAUGAACGGAUUCGGCGGAGUCGCGGUGCGUUGACAAAGGAUGAGGAUUGAUGCUGCCGUCUACGCAUGGCCAUUCAUCGUAUUUAUCUCAAUAUAUCAUAUUACGGAACCUUUCCUAGACAGAUUGAUUGUGUCUAGUCUAAUGAUA